AUGAAAGUUAAACCAGUUUCUUCUUCUGCAGGAUCUGGACUUCGCUGCUACAAAUGUUCAGAUUACACCGGACGCUGUCAGAACGUCCAGGAGUGCACGAAUGAGGACUCGUGUAUUUCUCUGGAUGAAAAAGGUGGGAAGACCAUCCGUCAGUGCAUCAAAUACACAGACUGCAACUUCUCGCAGCUCUCCUUGAUGUUCCCGUCCAUCUCCAGCUUCACUUACCGCUGCUGCAGCAGCAACCUGUGCAACUCCAGCCCUUCCGUUACCAUGGCGACGCCCAUCCUGGCCCUGCUGGGGUCCCUGCUGAGCGCCUGGUGCUGUUGGACCUGAAGACGCCGCGGUUAAAGGUCCAGUGUGUCAGAUUCAGGUGAAAGAAUCUAAUGGCAGAAAUUUAAUGCUGAAUAAUGAUGUUUUCACUAGUUUGUUUCAUCUAAAUUGUUUGAAUUGUAGUUUUCUUUACCCCAGAAAAGAUCCUUUAU